AUGGCGGCUAAUGAUUUACCAAUCGACAUUCACAGCAGCAAGCUUUUGGGUAAAAUUUCAUAGAUUUUGAACGUGUAAACAAUUAUUUAUUGUAGAUUGGCUAGUCAGCCGCCGGCAUUGUAAUCGAGAUUGGCAGAAAAACGUGGUGACGAUUCGCGAAAAAAUAAAACAUGCUAUUUUGGAUAUGCCUGAAUCGAAAGAAAUUGUUCAAUUGCUUCAGGGAAGCUGUAAGUUUUCUAUAAAAUUUCAAAGUCUAAAAGUUGAAAUAAUUUUUCAGAUAUAAACUAUUUUCACUGUGUAAGGAUAAUCGAAAUUUUGCGCGAUACCGAAAAAGAUACGAAAAAUUUCCUUGGCUAUUAUUCUUCACAAAGGAUGAAGGAUUGGCAGGUGGGAAAGUUCAAAAAAGGAAAAUUGUUUUAUUUUUCGGGAUUUUUGAGGAAAUCGAGUCGUUAUAUAAAAAAGACAACGUUUAUUUGGCUGAAGGAGCGCAAGUCCUUCAGAGAUUGGUUCAGUACGAGAUUCCUGGCCUCAAGAAGCAAAUUACAAAAAGCGAUCAGGCUGUUACGGUAGAAAUCAUAGAAUUUCCUUAAAUUGAUAUUUUGACAUUUAGGAAAGCGAGAAAAAGUUCAAAGAUUAUGGGAAACAAUCGGAGGAUAGCAAAAAAGUGUAUGAAAAGGAGCUCCAAAGAAUGAGCCUUCAGGUGAGAAUUUUUUUAAAUUCGGAACUCUUUCUAGUCUUGGAAAAAAACUGAUAACGCCUUUUUGACUAUAAUCUUUUCGAAUUUGGUUAAUCUUCAAAAAACUCCAUGGCAGAGCUUUAUGAUUAAUAAUAUGGACUUUUCAGGGAAAAUCACUGAGAGCCGAAUUAUUAUCUCUUGCCGCCGACCUGCCACAGUUUUUCGAAAAAAUAGCCUCAGAAGUUCAAAAUUUGUCAUUGGCGCGGCAACAUUAUGGACAUUUUCGAGACUACAUGCAUCAGUUAUUGAUUUUAUCGAUUUUUGGAGUCAAUUUCUAAUCUUUCAGAGGGAAAGCUUCGUCCAUAGUCAUUUUGCCAGUUUUAGCGUUGAUUAUGGAGAGAGGAGUUGAUGUGACGGCUUAUGAAUGGUUUGAAAUAAAAAUAGAAAGAAAAGAAAUUAUUUUAUUUUUAUGAGAAAAGUUCUUUUUUUCACAGUUUCAUAAUAAAUUCGAGAAAUUGAAUGUUUUUUUCGAAAAAUUCACGGCGUUCCCAAACGGGGUCGAAAACGUGAAAAAAAUUUCUGGCGCGAAAUUCUAAUCUCAAGUACGCAACCAAAGACAAUUACUGCGAAUUUUUACGAGAAAAUCUUCUUCCUCGAAAUAGUUUGAAUUUAUUCGGUUACUGUAUUUAUAAAGUCCGCGAAAUUGAAGUGAGGCACUGAAAGCAUUUAAUUUGACGCGCAGAUAGAACUGUCACGUUUUUUUGAUAUUAAAAAAAAAUUUUUUUAAUCGAUUUGUGCGUUUGAUUCGUUUUUUUGUAGUCUGGAAUAUAAUUCCGGAUUUAAUUUUUUUGUACAAAUUUAUGAAGCUUUAGAAAAAAAUUGGUAUUUUUUUGUUCCUACCGUUUUUAUUUUUUUGAUAGUUCACAGCGUUUCCAAACGGGUGUGUAGACGUCAAAAAAAUUUGGCACAAAAAUUGAAAUCUCAAAUACUCAGCCAAAGGCGAUAGGACAAACAAGUAAUAAACGUUGAAUAUUCAGUGUAAUUGUGACGUAAUUUUAUCCGGAGCGCGCACUUUCUUUUUUUGGUGAAUUCAAAAAUUUUGGCGCUCCCUCACCCUAUUAGGAAUGCCGUGAAUUAAGGAAAUCUAGCUUUUUUCUUAUUUUCUGUAUAUUGGCUCGGGAAAUUGUCAAGUGCUUGUAAUUUUGGAUUCAGUUAUUUCAUCAAGAGGUGCAAGUUUCAGGUCGUAGGACCUUUUUUUUAUAAUUUCAGAAAUAAGCUUGUAAUUUUUCAUAUUUUCCAACAGAUUUUUCAUUCAGGAAAUACGGCAAGAAGCCGGACCGAGUCGAGAAACCGAACUUUGAUUUGCUGCUCAAGGCGGAUGAGGUUUGCAAGCUUCUCUAUCCUCAUAAUUUGAAAUUUCCAGAAAAAAGAGGAGGACGAGAUCGAUUUCGGGGACGAUGAGAUCGAUUUCGGUGGAGAUUCUGCCGAUGUUGAGAUUGAUUUUGGCGAGGAAGUUCAAAUUGACGUUGUCGCCGAUGAUACGGGUUAGAAAUUUUGCGGAUGCUCUUGAAAAAAUUCGAAAUCUGAGUGGUCCUUUUUUUUGAAACUAAGCGCUGACACUUUUUUCGUAACCUUUUUAGCGCUGCCUUUUUGAGAGCUGCAAUUUUGAAAUCUGCUAGGGUGUUGUCCUAUUUUUUGCUAGCCGCUGCUAGUUAGAGAGCUGCAUCUUUUUAUCUAAAAACUUUCUUUGGUUCAUUAUUUUCAAUUUAAAAGGUAGGUGGUUGAACUUUACGGUUGUUAGUUUCUCUAAAAUAAGGUUAAGAACCUCAUUUGGCUUUUUUUAAAGCAAAUUUUGAGGAUUUUCUCUGACUUUGAGCUGUCUCUCAAAGAGUAGAUUUUUCAGGUUGAGAUUUUCAGGAUCUUUUUCUGAUAUAGUCUGCUCUGAUCUUGAAUGUCAAGCAGCUAACUCCGUUCCUGCUGACACGGUACCUUUUCGCGUCGAUGUUUCAUCGCGCGGGACGAUUUUCGAUCUUUUUUUCAUUUGAAAGAUAGAAAAAAAGAAGUCGAAAAAUGCAGCCUUAUUAAAGGGCCAUCGUCAUCUGUAGAUAAAACAACCGCGAACUGAAUUAUUUUUCUUGUUUUUUUUUUCAUCGAGCAAACAGUUCAGAUCAUUUUCCAACUUCAAUCUUCAUUUUGGAAACUUUUUUCACGUUUACAUUUUUUCUGUUUCGAAUUUUUCAACCGAACUAAAAUGGGUUAUUUGAUUUUGCAAAUGAAGUUUGAGGCGAAUAAAACGUUUUUUUCAAUGAGAUUUUUUUGUUAUUAUCAAAGUGGGAAGCUACCUAAAGUUAUUCUCGAGUUUUUAAAAAGCUUUUUCAAAGCUCUAGAUUUUUUUGAUUUUUUUACAGGAGUCUAAAAAAAUUGAGCUCACUUUUUCCAGAAAGCUAAAUAAUUAAUUCAAGGAGCGGUUGGUGAAAGCGUCGCCAGUGGAGAAGAUGCCUUGAGUCUUUUGGAAAAUAGCGCCUCCCAAAAAGUCGUUCGCGACGAGCUGACGGAGGUAUUCGUCACAAAAUGCGGUUGCUUUGAUGAGUUUAUGAUUUCUAAGCUUCUUGCCUUUCUCACGAUGCGUUUGGAUGACGAAACCCGACAGACAGGGGCCGAUUUAUUGAUCCGAGGCGCUGAAACUCGCCCGGACAGUAUUGCGAAGGUAAUUUUCCAUACUGGAAAAAAGAAAACUGUUUAAAUCUAGAUUUCAACCGAGCAGCUUAAAGACUGGAUUUCGCUUGGAAAUGGAAUCGUUUCGCAGCUUAAUAACCCUCAGAAAAAUCAUCUUUUUAAAAUUCGCAGCUCUCCACAGUUAAUUCGAUUACAGUAGUUUCAUAAAUAUUCAUUGUAUUUUUAGGUUUGUGGAAAGUGUCGUCGAAGAUUUGGAGAAGAAGCGCAACAUGGAGGGACGUUAUAAAAGGUAAAAGUUUAAUAUAUAUGAAAAUACUGAUUCCACAUUUUUAGGAUGCAAGAGCUGAUGGUGGAGAAACAGAAAGAAGCUCGAGAAACGCUGGCCAAAUCGAAUGAGGAGCUCAAACGGGUCGUGGAAAGUACCCGGCAGCUUCAGAAACAGGUAUUUUUGAGGAAAUUGAAAAGUAGUGAAACAAUUUCGCUCGGCUGACAAUUGGUGUUUGAAUUGAUCAUAAGAUAUAAAUUCCUUUCUUAAUUUUUUUCCAGAUUUUUCAUAAAAAAAUCGCAUGAAAAAAAUGAAAAUCUUAUUUUUGCAAAAAUUUCUGAAUAACCCCGCACCAAAGAAAAUUUCAAGGGCGAUUCUAGAAUGCCUAGACAAUCUUCAAAAUUAGCCCCCUUCGGAAUAAGCUUUUGCAAGUCUUGUCCGGAUCAGCCCCACCAUUCUAGAAUAGCUUCCCCAUUCUAGGAUCCCCUCCACAACAUACUAGACCACCAGAUCAACGAAAAUGUAAGAAAGUUACUGUCAAAAUAACCAGCCCCUGUCAAAUAUAUAGUAUACAUGCCUAAACUUUUUUUGGAACACGAGCAUCAAAAAUCAAAGGGGGGAUUCUAGAACGCUUCAGAAAUCAAGCAGAACAUAAAGUUUUAUAAACGCAUGUUUUUUAUCCUUAGCUAUAUUUGAAUAGAUUAUAUCCGUUUCAACAUUUUGAAUAAUACCAUUUGUAGAUGGAAUCGGAAAUAUCGAAAAAGUACAGCGGUCGGCCGGUCAACCUCAUGGGUGGAAUCAACCAAGCCCUUGCCAAUGUUUGA